GAAUGACUUCCUUCAGACUGUUAUAAACAAAGUCAUCGCUGCCAAAGAAGUCAACCACAAGGGGCAGGGUUUGUGGGUAACAUUGAAAUUACUUCCUGGAGAUAUUCAUCAGAUUCGAAAAGAGUUUCCUCAUUUAGUGGACAGGACCACAGCAGUGGCUCGCAAAACAGGAUUUCCAGAGAUCAUCAUGCCUGGUGAUGUUCGAAAUGAUAUCUACGUAACAUUGGUUCAAGGAGAUUUUGAUAAAGGCAGUAAAACUACAGCGAAGAACGUCGAGGUCACUGUGUCUGUUUAUGAUGAAGAUGGGAAGCGACUGGAGCAUGUGAUUUUCCCGGGUGCUGGUGAUGAAGCGAUUUCGGAGUACAAAUCUGUGAUUUACUAUCAAGUAAAGCAGCCGCGCUGGUUUGAGACCGUUAAGGUGGCCAUUCCCAUUGAGGAUGCUAACCGCAGUCACCUUCGAUUUACCUUCCGCCAUAGAUCAUCACAGGACUUUCAGACUCCUGCCCGCUCCUGCCUGGCCCGCUCCUGCCUGGCCCGCUCCUGCCUGGCCCGCUCCUGCCUGGCCCGCUCCCGCCUGGCCCGCUCCCGCCUCCUUUGGCUCUCACUGUUCACCCUGCACCAGCCGCGCUGGCCUCUGUCCCCAU